ACACCCACGAAGUUGCUGAGAAUUCCUCUGCUUUGAAGGCAGUUGAACAUAGGGACAAGCCCCUGGGGGAAAGUGAGUCUUUGGCGUGGGCUUCCUCAGUGUUCAGAACACGACACUAUGUAGCCGCCAAACCCCCACGGCAAAUUGUUACUAUGUAGCCUAGCAUAUCAUCCCCGCGUAAAAAACUCCUCCACACAUCAGGGAAAGAAUAGGCGAGUUCGUUUUGAAUCGGCCGGUGCCCCGGGUGAACCGAGUUUACGUAUUUUAGACGAUUCCGUUCGUCCUGAAGAGAGAUAAACCAUCCGGGGCAGCGGGCAAUGCAAAACGAACUCGCUCAAUACAUUUGCUGUGGCUGAUGUCAAGUGACCGACUUCCGCCCCAUGUCUUCAGUUCUGCAUCAGCCGGCAAGCAGUUGAGCUACGACGCCAGGGGAGGUAGACGAACAGAUGUUGUCAAACGAAGGAAUGGAAACCUGACAUUAACUUUGAAUAGGAAAAGAGAGUAAACGUCGUCGUGGGCAGCUGUCGUAUGUGGACGCGGUGGUGAAACUGGAGGGAAUAGGGCGACAGGGAGAAGCUGAUGAAUACGUUUCAUUUGAGGAGGCGGACCCCUCACUGCGUCUUCGAUAUGCUGAAAGCAGGCCCGGUGUGUUCAUACUGUAUGUGGAAGUACAGAUAGGUUACCAUUCUGUCUUUAUUCAAUCAUGAGGAUCGGAUACAUUGUCCUUUAAACCGCGUUGGAGACACCGCGUAUUAUUUCCUGGCAGCGAGCUAGAGCCAAUUAAUUUGGUCGUGUGUUUUUUCAGAUAGAAGAUACCAUACCUCUACCCAUUUGCACUUUUUUCUUUGGAAGUUGACUUUAAAGUAGAGUGUGCUACCGGUUUGUCUCAUAGAGCUAGCUUGAAAUCGUUCUAUAAGAUCUGAGUAACGCAUGAGGGGAGUCGCUUGAGGUCUAGCCUACUUCAUGCCACGCACUGGAGCAGGCCUAUCAUUCUUGGAUGGACUUUUGAAGUAUUAUGGCCUAAUUUUUGACGUUGCGAACACUUGAAUUAGAUAUUUUUUUGUAGAUAGGCCUAGCCUAUUCGUUGUCAUUAUCUAUAGCCUAUAGAUGCAAAUAGUGGAGCAUUUCUAAACACCAACAGCUCCUAGUCUAUUUCGCUGUUAUCUAUUCAUAUGUGGUAUUUAUCUAAACACAGCGGGGUUUUUAAAGGUGAUGCAUUUUAUCUAACUGUCUUCUGACGUUUCAUUCUUGUGGCUCGACAUAUUCGAAUAUUCAUACCCCAAACGCAAUUCUCCAGGUAGUCUUUACACCCGGCGGAAUCCUUGGAGAAAGCGUUCCAUUUCGGUAUAGACAUUAUUUUUGUAUUUAUUCUCUCUUCACACGGAAAAUAAUUAGUGGCUUCCCCCACGAUGAGUUACUUCUACCAAGCAGUGCUUCUAUUGCUACGUGGACUCGUCAUCUCUGCGGUACUGGGAUUGGAAAGCAGUUACUCAACCGAUCUGUCGACCCGUGCUUCUAAUGCCGCAAUUGUAGCCACUACAGACCCCUGUCUAACCGUGAUGCCUCCAUGCAUGGGUGACGCAGACCGUUUCAGCCUGGAGGCCCUCCGGGUCAUUCACAAACAGCUGGAUGAUGACAAUGACGGGGGAAUCGAGGUCAACGAGAGUGUAGAGUUUAUUAGAGAAGAUAUGAAGCAACAACAAACUAACAAACACAGUAACCUGCACAGGGAAGACCAACACAUCACUGUGGAAGAGCUGUGGAAGGGCUGGAAAACCUCAGAAGUUCAUAACUGGACGACGGAGGACACAGUCCAGUGGCUGAAGGAAUCUGUGGAGCUGCCUCAGUACGAGACGAGCUUCAGAGAGUUCCGGAUCAAUGGAAACACUCUGCCUCGAUUGGCGGCGAACGAACCGUCGUUUAUGUCGGGUCAGCUGAAGAUAUUAGACCAGCGACACAAACAGAAACUCAAUCUCAAAGCACUAGACGCUGUGCUCUUCGGCCCUCCCUCACGUCCGCAACACAACUGGUUGAAGGACUUUGUGUUGAUGGUAUCUAUAGUGAUCGGGGUGGGGGGCUGCUGGUUCGCUUAUAUCCAGAACAAGUCUUCCCGGGUCCACAUGGGUCAGAUGAUGAAGGACUUGGAGAGCCUGCAGAGUGCUGAGCAGAGCCUCAUGGACCUACAGGGACGGUUGGAGAAGGCCCAGGAGGAGAACCGCACAGUGGCGGUGGAGAAGCAGAACCUGGAGCAGAAGAUGAGAGACGAGAUCAGCGGGGCCAAGAAGGAGUCGUACCGUCUCCGCGAACUCCGCCAGGGGGCCGAGUGUGAGCUCAGCCGCCUCAAAUACGCAGAGGAGGAGCUGGUGCAGGUUCGUAUGGCCCUGAAGCGAGCAGAGAAGGAGAUGCAGACGGAGUGGUCGGUGCCCGACGCCCUACAGAUGUGGCUACAACUCACCCACGAGGUGGAGGUCCAAUACUACAACAUCAAGAAACACAGUGCGGAGCUACAGCUCACGGUCGCUAAGGAAGAGGCAGAGAAAAUCAAGAGGAAGAGAAGUAGUGUGUUUGGGACCCUUCACGUCGCUCACAGCUCGUCACUGGACGAGGUGGACCACAAGAUCCUAGAGGCCAAGAAGUCCCUGUCGGAGGUGACGGCCUGCCUGAGGGAGCGCCUCCACCGCUGGCAGCAGAUGGAGAAGCUGUGCGGCUUCCCCCUGGUGCACAACGCUGGGCUGCCCAGCCUGACUGCCACCCUGUACUCAGACCACAGCUGGGUGGUCAUGCCCCGCGUCUCCGUGCCCCCCUAUCCCAUCGCCGGUGGGGUGGACGACCUCGAUGAGGACACUCCUCCAAUCAUUCCACAGUUAACCUCAGCCUCUAUGAUGCGGCCCCCUUUAACACGCAAUAGCAGCCUGUGCCGUUCCCGCCGGAGCCUCUACAGCACUUCAAUGACGUCAGCCGACCCCGACCUGCUCUCCAUGACCAGCUCAGCCCUCUCCUAUCAUCCCGAGGGGGAAGAGGGAUACAUCUUCUUCAUGGAGAGAAAGGGGGAUACUCAGGACACGUGUUCAGACACAGACUCUCUCAACUCCUCCAUGGGGCGUAAACAGUCCUACACCAACCCCUGCACACCGGGCCCAGAGACCCCCUACCGCAAGAUCUCCCGUGAGGAGCUGAUGAUGCUGAGCCAGCAGGAGCCUCAGUCUUAUGUCCGGGACUCACCACCUCCUCAAGGGGGAUCCUCGGCCCCCUCCCCAGCCCUGGAGCACCACAGACACAAACACAAGGGUUCGCCCGACCUCACCCGCGGAUCUAUCCCAGGGUCCCACAGCAUGUCCUUCACCACUUCGUCGGCAGGCAACAAGGCCAUGUACAACGGCAUCCUGGAGAAGUCCUAUAGCAUGGGCCAGCUGCACGCGAGCAUGACAGGGGCAGGCGGGGUGGCGGUCGGGCGCUACCCGUCCCUCACCUCAAUGGACAAUGAGGGCAGGGGGGCGGGGGCCAAGGAGCAGAAGCAACCGAGUACCUCCUCCCAGGACUCCAGUGGCAACGGAGACAAGGCCAAGAGGUCCUCGUCCAAAAUCAAGAGCUUGUUCAAGAAGAAAAAAUAGUCCUACACACACAGAGAGAGAGAGAGAGAGAGAGAGAGAGAUAGAGAGAGAUUCUAGCCUUAAAAAAAUGGCCGUCAUCAAAGGAAGCCAAAACAUUAUUUUUGUUCCUUUUUUUUCUUCCAAGAUGGAAUGUAUCUCUGGCUGAAUCCCUCAUACCUCUUCCAGAUUGGAAGCCUUAUUUUUCAAUAAUGCCUUUUUUUCCACUCAUAGGGUGCUGCUGAUGCAUACCAGAUCUUACAACACCUGGAUAGGUAUUUUACUUAUCAGCGAACCACAUCAUAUGUUGUAGCAAUCUGUCAGUCGAUGAUGUGGCGCGCAAACAUUGGUUGAUGCAUGCAACGUAUGAAUAGGGUAACGCGACCAUAGCCUCACAUUUAAGCCUUCAAAGGUUACAGAAAAGUCAAAAGGUCAAGGGUCGUGCCAGCUGCCGUCGCCCAGGCAAUCGUGAAGAGCAUUAGCCUGGUCACAUCUCUUGUCUUCUCUUGUUCUUUUUGAGUUAAAGAACCAAAAAAUAAAUAACACUUGUUCUAUCUGGAAACUGAGGGGGUUUACAUGGUGGGCUUGUUAGCUUGACAUCACUUCCUGUCUGACAGAGGCUCCUGAGCUCUGGACUCAUUUCCUUUGAGAAGUAAAAAUCCUGCUGAGUUUGUUGCACUACUGCCUUCCUGUUUUCUGGGAAAGGACCGCCUCUGCGUGCGGAGUAAAUAUUGAUGUGUGGAAGAGAAUGAUGUAUGGAUAGAGGCCUUGGGGAGAUGCAACAUGUGGUAGACUAUUGCAGCCAGAACCAGUUGGUGCGUUUUCCAAUGUCUCUCGUUAUGGAUUGUUCUAUAUAUACACACACACACACACACACACACACACACACACACACACACACACACACACACACACACACACACACACACACACACACACACAGUGAGGUUUGAAAUUAUUGACACCCUUGAUAAAGAUGAGCAAUAAUAACUGUAUUAAAAAAUAAUUCAAAUAAUGAGCUAUAUUCUAUUCUAAAAACAAUUCUACUAUACUGAACAAAAUAUAAACAACAAUUUCUAUGAUUUUACUGAGUUACAGUUAAGGAAUUCAGUCAAUUUAAAUAAAUGCAUUAGGCCCUAAUCUAGGCCCUAAUUUCACAUGACUGGGAAAUACAGAAAUGAAUCUGCUGGUCACAAAUACCUUUUUUUUUUAAAGUAGGGGUAUGGAUCAGAAAACCAGUCAGUAUUUGGUAUGACCACCAUUUUCCUCAUGCAUCGUGUCACAUCUCCUUCACGUUGUGUUGAUCAGGCUGUUGAUUGUGGCCUGUGGAAUGUUGUCCCACUCCUCUUCAUUGACUGUGCAGAGUUACUGGAUAUAGACGGGAACUGGAACACAUUAUCAAACAUGUCGAUCCAGAGCAUCCCAAACAUGCUCAAUGGGAGACAUGUCUGGUGAGUGUGCAGGACAUGGAAGAACUGGGACAUUUUCAGCUUCCAGGAAUU